AUGGUGAACCGUAUACCAUUACCAAGUAGCCGCCCUUCCAAGCAAAAGAAUGAACGUUUGCUUCUUCCUGUUAUCUUGAGUGCUCUCGCUUCCCUCUCUUUCAUUCUCUACUUCCACGUGCAACAUGACAGGAGCAUCUACCAUGCCAUUUCGGCGGAACUUGGUCAUACCGAGCGAACCUUUGAUGAACCCGAAAUAGGAAACAAAGCAGUCCUUAAGAUGGAAGAGAAGCUCAGCGCUGUUGGUAAUGCUGGCGAGCCACUACCAAUUAGAAACGAGACUGGCGACGUUUCCUGUUUUCCAUCCAACACGGAACAAUGGCUUGAUGUGGGCAGCAAACGCCUCGGGAAUAUGAAUGAUUCCUCUAUAAUAGGGAGCUAUGACUUGGUUUCGAAGAGCAUCUUGAACAUCAAUAACCUACUUCUUGAAAGCAAUACACAUUCCUUGAAUCUCUUGCAGCAAACCCUGUGUCAUUCAAAAUCGAAGCUGUUGGCAUUGGAUGCAAUCGAAAGAGAUUCAUACAAGAACCCAAGUGAAAGAGAUAUCAAAACUUGGGCGUUUCGCCUGAUUUAUAUGGCCACCCAUAUCCACCAGCACUUGCCUGCCCUUGCCGAAGCAAGAGAUCGAUUGAAACAUUCCCAAGAUUGUAAGUCGGAGAUGGAGUCGAAACAAAUCGGCAGAUUUGAUUUUGAGUGUCCAAAUGCAAAGCUCUUGGUCGUUUCACUUGGAAAACUGGGUCUUGGUGCCGUGAUACGCCUCGGAGCGGUGAAUGCUCUAAUUGCUGGUAUUGCGUCCAACCGAACGGUGCUCUUUGUCAAUAAUGCAGAUAAUGGUGCAAAGACCAUACGAGAACCUUGGCCACUCUCUUCAUGCAAACGAAUGGAUAUGCAGUGUUUCUUCAUGCCAGCAACACCCUGCACAGUAACCGAAGGGGAGCUUCGAAACGCAAAACUAUUGCAACGUGGGGAUAUGCGAAAACUGUUUCGUACAGGGGAGCUUGACAGCGACUUGGAAAAACAGCGGGUCUUGGUGAUGAACCAAGUUCUGAGACCACAACGAACCCCUCCCCUUUUGCGGCAGAACAUAAAGAGGAUUAUUGACGAGCAAAUAAUCCUCCCACUUCAAGUGCAGCGACCAAAUGAUCCACUCCUGGAAGUGCUAUCGAAGGCAGCAAACAGGACGCUUGAUGAUGUGGUAGUUGACGAAAAGCAGUACUCGUACUACGGCAAAUCAUCCAACAUAAAUCAUGCACUGGUAUUCUAUAUGCUGAGACCGAAUCCUUAUUAUGCGAAACGGCUAGAGAAAAUCUUGAAUGAAACUCUUCAGCCUGGUUUCGAUCCGAAUAUGGCCAUGGGCUUGCCGAUUCGAGCUUCAGACAAGUGUAACACAGAAUCAGAAUGCCUGAAGUUCGAACAGUACAUGACUCUAAUGGAUCGAACUUGGGAAGAUCGCAAGUCGCUGUUCUUGGGAUCUCCAACAGGUAGCAACGGACAAAACGUUUUCCAACUGGAAAAGCCAAAGUCAACAAUUCUUGUCACGUCUGAAUCACCACAAGUGCAUGAUGAACAAGAGCUGUUCUUGAAAGAAUCCGUCGAAAACAACAGAUCAUUCCCUUUUCAGUUGGUGAACAAUAAUUUCGAUUUGCAUCAGGGAACCGGAGAUCCAGCAUCGAUGGACUCGAGUGGGAAGAAUGUGUCACUUGAAGAUAUCAUGCUGUCUUCAAUUUCAUCUCUACAGUUGCAACUUCGAGCUAGGUAUACAGUGGGAAAUUGUUGUUCGAACUUCCACUUGCUCCUCUUUGAUUUUUUGGAAGAGGGCUGUGGUCCUGUGAGGGAUCAUCACCCUGAAUGCUUGCAAGAUAGAUUCACACAAAGGAUUGAUGGUAAAAAAUGGUGGUCAUUUAGAGGUUUCAACAUUCAUGAAACGAGCCAUCACUCCAAAUUCGAGACUCAAAGUCGAUUGCAGUCAACCGCAGAGGCUGAUGAAACGAAAAUCCAAACUGAUUCGUCAUCCCCAACUUCUUUUCCUGCUCGUCUUGUUCAGGCGUUGGAUCUUGGGCCCGUGAUUCAUCUCGUGGCACUUCAUACUGCGAGUAAAAGAGGAUAUGACGCAAUGCUUUCUCUUGUCAAUGACGAAAAUAAUCCAUUACAAGUAAAUUCACUGAAUCAAGUCUCAACAGGGACAUCAGCCCGCCAAAAAAGGGCUUCCACACUUGGUUUCAGUAGAAAUUCUAGACUCAGACGAAAUGGCAAAAAUAAGGCCUCAAGUUUUGUUUCAAUUGCUCAGUCAGCAACCGAAGCGAGGGAAGCAUAUGAAAGCGUGGAGCAAGCCACUCUCGCACUUGAUGAUAAUGACUACAACUUGAUUGUGCCCCCUUUGUAUGCACAAGAUUCUGGGCCAAUGGAUACGUCAAAACCAACCACAGAUGAUAACGAAUGGCUUGAUCUGGACCCUGAAUCAUGGACCCUUGAAUCAAUAAUACAGGCUGAGCAAGUCAUUGGUACUCUUGUCAAAGUGCGCGAUUGGGCGUGCUUGAGUCAAUACGAGACUUGGAUGCCUUCUGUGGCGGCAAUAGGAAGAAGCAUAGAUCCAGAACAUGGACUCGAUGUGAUCUUGCAGGACAUUCUGGAUGUUGUUAAAAUAAAGCGCGCGAGAACGGCACUGGAUCCGAAGGGGAAAAGAUCAUACGCUUUUCAGCUGAACGAAGAUCGAUUUCCAUUGCUUGGAAUAUUGAAGCAAAAAGAGCGCCAAUUGCUAGGUCGAGGUGGCAAAGACUUCGACAAAGCUGUCGUCGAUGUGCGGUCCGAGAUCGAAAUUAAGGAAUCUCAGAUUCGGGUAGGGUUGGCCCAGUCCAUACUUUUUGGUGCAGCGAUUGUUGACGAUGGGCUUGAUAAGGUCGCAACACUUGAUAUCAUUUUUGCAAAAGCGGCAUUUGGUAAAGCAAAUCAGGGAGUAAUGCCAAAGAUAUCAGACACUGGUGGUAUUUCCGUUUCUGGUUUUGUGCAUCCACUUCUUGCUGCUAGCAACUGCGCGCAGUCUCGUGACGAAGCCGUUCCAAUCGACCUUGAACUCAUGUAUGGCGAUGAGAAGAGAGCGCUAAUACUAAGUGGGCCAAAUGGAGGAGGGAAGUCACAAUCAUUGAAAUCCUUUGGCGUUGCUUGUAUUAUGGUCAAGCUGGGUAUUCCCCUCCCAGUUGAGGAUGCAAGUAAGAAACCGAGAGUCGAUUAUUUUCAUAACGUAAUGGCGAAUAUCGGAGAUCAGCAAGACAUCCUGGAAGGGGAAUCCACGUGGACAGGAACACUGAACUCGUGCGCCAGGAUCAUUGAAACGUUAGCCUCGGGCCCGCAAAACUGUCUAUCGCUGGUCCUAUUGGAUGAAUUCGGGACUGGUACGGACCCUGAAUCUGGCGGUGUAAUUGCACAAGCAAUCAUGGAACAUAUGUUGAGUUACUCAAGCUCGCGGAUUGUAGCAACGACACACUCCCCUAGAUUGAAGACAAUUUCGUACAACAGCGAUCAAAUUCAAUGUGCAACGGUACUGCUGAAACAUGGUGUAGAACUGAAUGGCUAUAAGCUACCGAGUUUUGAGCUACAAUACGGAGUGAUCGGGGAUUCCUAUGCUUUAGGAGCUGUGUCACGGUCCAAUCCUCGCCUACCAGAUACUGUUAUUUCACGCGCGUCGCAGUUAUUCACUGAAAUAAAUGCAGGUACUGCACACGAUUAUCACCGAAGCGACUAUAUCCAGGCCUUGACCUUGUCGAUGGAGACCCAACUUGAAAAAGCUGCCAAUGAGACUCUUGCCAUGAAGCAAAACAUGAAAGAUUCAAGAAAAUGUCGGUCGGCAAUGCUGUCGCUCGCGGCAUCUUAUGAGUUGCAUCUGUCACGUUUGGAAGGUAGGUUGCAAAAUGUUUAUCAGCAACUCCAGAAAGAAGGAAAGGACAAUUUGGAUUUGGUUGGUGAAACCCUGUCAGAGCUUCGAGUGGUGCAGCGGGAGGUUCUUGGGCAGAGAGAACUGCUAAAAGAGCGUGGCCUUAAAAUUCUUCCAAUUUCACAUGAACUGCAGUCUGGAGAGUCUGUUGUUAUAUUUGGAGAAGGAGACUUUGAUGACAUGUCCGUCACUGUUAUUGCAGAUAGUGCAAUGGAUCCAUCACUUGCUCCAAAUGAAGUGUUGGUUAGUCAAUCCUGCUUUUUCGGCUUCGAGAUGUUUGACGAUGGUGAACAGGAGUCCCAGUUCGUAGUCCAGAGGCACGAACUUGCACUCUGGGACUACGAUGCUUUGGAGGGUGACGACACAAGCAAAAAGUGGAUAGCUAGCACAGCGGAAUCCGAAAGAAAUUUGGCCUCCGUCUUUGCUUCUUUGAAGACGACGCCGAAACAGGGACCGAAGCAGUCAAACACAGAGACGACAACUUCAAAGGUUUUUUCAUCCCGCGAGCGAAAAGCAGCGAAGAAGAAAACCAAAGGAUCCAAGAAGGGAAAGGCAAAGAAAUAG